UUUCUCUCCCGAGAAGUCACCCUCAAAAACUAAUUUUCCUUUCCUUUCCUUCGAACCAAACAAACAAACAAACAAACCCAACCCCUUCCCUUAAUUAUCUCCAAUUUCUUCUCCGAUUCCGAUCCAAUUCCUUUUUCGAUUUCUAAAAAAAAAAAAAUCCAAAAAUUCUCCAAUUUCAAUAUUUUUUUUCCAACUACCAUGGGAGAAGAAGUGAAAAUGAGUGAAUACGAAAUCAACGAUGAAGAUACCAUCAACAGGGACGAUGAAAGAAUUGGUGUGUGGGAGAUGGGAUUACCUACACCUUAUGAUCUCACUCCUUUAUCACAACCUUUGAUCCCACCUGAACUUGCUUCCGCCUUCAACAUCUCCCCUGAGCCUCUCCGUACUCCACUCGAUGUCAACCGAGCUUCCCAGAACACUCUCUCCAAUCUCCACGGUCAUUUAAACGCCCUAUCGUCUAACAACAUCAAGUCCUUCAACGAAACGAGAGGUCAAACGCACGACCCUAUGGUAGUCGAGUUAGAGGAGGAGGAGGAGGAGGAGGAUGUGACCGAGGCGAUGGAUCGGGACGGGUCCGGAUCCGAAGCCAGGAAGUUGAGGAGGAUUGAUUCUGAAGAGGCGGAUUCAGCCUUGAGGACUGAGAAUUGGGUGGAUGACCCGUCAUCCGCUGCGGCGAGGACUUUGAAACGGCCACGGCUGGUGUGGACCCCGCAGUUGCAUAAGAGAUUUGUUGAUGUGGUGGGCCACUUAGGGAUGAAAAACGCGGUCCCGAAAACAAUUAUGCAGUGGAUGAAUGUCGAGGGUUUGACUCGCGAAAAUGUAGCUAGUCAUUUGCAAAAGUACCGGCUUUAUUUGAAGAGGAAACAGGGGUUGUCGAGUGAAGGACCCUCUGCUUCUGAUCAGUUGUUUGCGUCCACUCCUGUGCCGCAGAGUUUGCACAAGAGCGGCGGCGGCAGCUGUGGGGGUGGGAAUUUCGGAAUGCCAAUUCCAGUGCCUUAUCAUCAUCCCGCCACCACGGCUGGUGGGAUGAUGCCAAUGCCGGUUUAUGGACAUAUGGGGAUCCAAAUGGUGAAUGAUCAUGUUCAUAAUAAUAAUAAUAGCAAUAAUUAUCAGCAUCAGCAAGUUAGUAUGAAUAGUCAUCAAAAUGGGUAUCAUGGAAAUGUUGCUUUGCUAAUGGGGAAUAAGCAUGUUCAUAAUAGUAGUAAUAAGCAUCAGCAUCAGCAUCAGCAAGUUAAUACGAAUUGUCAUCAAAAUGGGUAUAAUGGAAAUGUUGCUUAUGGACAUAUGUUUCAGCAGAGGGAUUGGAAUGGGACUAAUUAUGGUCCAUACUCGCAUCAUCCUCAUCAUGCAGUAUCUAAUGAUACUAUGUGAUGUUGGGAGGAGAUAUUUUUUUUGGAAUUCUAUAGGAAAAGAGAAUCGGCGGAGCUUGCUUUUCAUUGCUUAAAGUCACUUGUAGAGGAGGUGCCUUCCACUGCAAAUGCAUUGCACCAGGGACCAGUGCUUUAAACUGGUUCUUCGUCAAUUGCAAUAUUUCUUCAAGGUCACAAUUGAUGCUAUUCCUAGGUUUGAGAUACUCCCUGCAAAUGUAUUCCUCAACAUGCCUUUGUGUUUUACUUGUUUGCUUUACAAUUGAUUUUAUGAACACCAAUUUAUCAAAUGUAUCAAUUGUCUGUAUCAAUGGCAAUUAACAUGUACCAUUCACCUGAAGCCUUAAAACAUUUGAUGGCUGUAUUUGAGCACUCAUUUUCCUCCAAGCAGACAUCUAGAAGACCAAGUUAACUAUACACUCAUCUUCUUCCAAACCCUCAAUCCCAAGCUAGUUGGGGUCAGCUAUAUAUUUAUUUUCACAUUGUACUGGAGCCUCUAAUUUUUUUUGGUAGAAAACAUCUAAGUUCAAUUUAUGAGCUUUUUAGCUUGCAUUUUUGUCUGCGUGCAUCGAGAAUUUGUGUUUAAAUUCUGUUGUGAAAACUGAAGAGGGUAAAAAAUAUGUACUGUUACAGGUUCUAAGUGACAGGGAAGGAAUCCCCCUCUCCUUUAACUUCUAAAUGUGCACACAAACAAUCACCUAGAAUAUCUAGAAAUCUGAAAUUUUAAGAUACCAUCACAUCACAUCAGGUAGGGAGAUGUCAUCCUCUAUUAAGCCUGCACAAAGACUUCAAGAUGAUAAUACCACAACAUUAUGCUUACACUCUGUGCAUUUGCAAACUGUUGGCUGAUAAUAAUUGUUGUAAUUGGGGGAGUGAAGGAGUCGUAUAUUUAGGGUUAAUGUGCAUGGCAGCAUUGCUUUUAACCUGAAAAAUUAAACCUUUUCUUGAAUACUUACUUGCAUGGCCAUGAUCUGUAAAGAGUUUGAAUGCGAAACAAAAAAUAACAACUUAAAUAGAUCAAAGCUUGUGGAUAUCUGUCAAUUUGCACCCUUGAACUGAAGUAGGCUCUUCUAUAGAUACCAGAAGGUGCAUGCUGUUGCAUCUGUCAUUGUCCCACUUUUAUCCCAAACUUUUUUGGUUUGCCUGUAUGUAUUUUAUAUGAUGUUCUGUAUUGAUCUGUAUGUAAGAUACUUUUGGGUUGGCAAUUUAUUCUUUCUCGUUUUUCAUUUUCAUGAUGCUACUAUGUGAUAGUUUAUGUGCAGAAUGAUUUAGUGCGGUUUGAAGUUUGCUUUUCUUUCAUGAUGUUAUUAUGUGAUAGUUUAUAUGCAGAAUGAUUUAGUGCGGUUAGAAGUUUGCUUUUCUUUCUCUAUGACACAAGUCAGGCACUAAACUUUUUCCAGCAAAAAAGUAGGUAUUUUAAUUUCCAAGUUUUGAUCAGUGCUUGUGCUAGAGUGGUCUUUAUUCAUUUUCUUUUAUUUUUCUUGUAUUGAGAAUGAAUUCUAGAGCCUUAUCUUGCUGACUAGUGUGAUCUCUUUUGAGAUGGUUUUGAUGCCCUUUGAUUUAGACUUGUAGUGAUGUCAUACUUACGGGUUUGCAGUCCGCCUAUGUUUCGAUAAGGUCCCCUUCAUUUGUUCUAAGAUUUACAUCCCUGGUAGUUGCACACUUUCUGUUAUGGUGCUUUUAGCCGAUUGGCUAGAGUGUUGCAAUUAACAAUAUUUCUUUGUCCAUAGAUUCUGGAGAUUGAGUAACCUGGCAUAACUGUUGGAAGUUGCAGAAAUUUAAGCACUUCACAAAAAUUAGAGGGUUUGCAGGAAGAAUUGUGUGGAGACAUAUCGGAGGCAUAUUUCCAGAGAUUGUUAGGUUCUGCAUGGGACAAGAAAACUUGCAAUCCUUUUUUGAAUAUAUAUCUCAUUGUACUUACCCGAUGGUAGCAGGAACCUCAAGAUAUUACUCAUCAUUGCUUCCAUGAUGAUAAGUAAUAGCUUGCAUUCUUAACUUGUUCUUCAAUUGAUAUAUGCUGAAUAAAGUGUGUAUUAUUGGAUGUGGCAAA